AUGUCUAACACCCCACCAAUGUUCCCGUUGCAGAACGUGCCGGCCAAACACGAGUACAGUGUGUCCAACCCGGCGGCCCGGUUAUCGGACUUCUGGCUUCAAAACGAGUAUCUGAAGCUUAGUCUUGCUCAGCACAACCGUGAGAACAGAAAACGUAUUCGAGACGGAGACACUAUUUUGGAAGAAGAUAUCAACGAAAGUGACGAUAUGAUUCUGUCCGACACCGAUAUGAGCAUAUCGCAGUUGAGCCAAACGUCCUUCCAUCCUCCCAAGAGAAGGUUGACAGUUUUGUCGCCUAUGACCACGCUUACUCCUACAUUUCCCGACUCUCACCAUCAUGAAAAUAACAUGAUGAGUUCGACCGAUGGACUCAACGACGUGGUGUCGGUACAACCCCGGACCCCUGACGCCGGUCACACCGCCACAAAUACCCCUGUGUCCGACAUGGAGGAGCAACCACAACAACUUCCCUUGCCCUCGCCCAGUGCGUCUCCCGUCCACAGCGGUAUGAAGCAGGACUUACCUGACCCCAUCGAAGACUUGUUGGCCAACGUUCCCACGUCCCAGGGAGAUUUGAUCAACCUCAUCCAGAACUUGUCGUUGUUUCUUACCGAAAGGAACCAAAAUCAUUUGGUGUUUAAGUUGUUACAGAACGUCAACCGGUUGACUUUGAGUUCGUUGGGUAACACCAUCUUCCACAACUUGAAACGGGAUCUUUUGACCAACUUCCCGCUGGAAAUCACCCGUAAGAUUCUUGACCAGUUGGACCACAAAUCUUUAUUCAACCUUGCCCUAGUCAACCGUAAAUGGAACCGGGUAGUGAAUGGUUCCAACGUGUGGGUGGAAUUGCUCAAGAAGGACCGGUUGAUGGAAUCUCCUGAAGAUAUCGAGCGUGAAAUCGCCAACCCUGACCAGUUGAUUAGCGAAUGGGCCGAUCCUGCUGCCAAUUCGGAACUAAAUAUUGCUCAACUUCUAUACAAAAAGAGAUUGACUAUCUACAACCGGUGGAUGAACCCCAAGUACGAGCCCAAACGUAUCAGUAUCAAGGUGCCCAGUCAAGGUAAUAACGUUGUAACGUGCUUACAGCAUGAUGAUGAAAAGAUCAUCACUGGUGUGGAUGACAGACUCAUCAAUGUUCAUGACACCAAGACCGGGGCGUUGCUCAAGGUACUAAAGGGCCACGAAGGUGGUGUCUGGGCCUUGAAGUAUACCGGCAACACCUUGGUUAGUGGUGCCACCGAUCGGACAGUCAGAAUCUGGAAUAUUCGGACUGGAAAGUGUACGCAUAUCUUCAAAGGACACACCUCCACCGUGAGAUGCUUGGAUAUCUUACACCCAGUGAAAAUCGGAAGAGACGAGUCUGGUAAUGAUAUAAUAUUUCCUUCGGUUCCGUUGCUUGUGACUGGCUCGAGAGAUCACAACUUGAAUGUCUGGAGAUUGCCCAUAAUACCCGAUACUGAUGAGGACGACGGCAUUCCAUGUAUGACAUACGACAGUUCUGACAUCAACAACCCGUUCCUCAUGAAGGUGUUGGUGGGACACACCCAGUCGGUCAGAUCGGUGUCUGCGUAUGGAAACUUAAUUGUUAGUGGCUCCUAUGAUGCUACUGUCAGAGUAUGGGAUUUAAUGAGAGGUGGGACCUGUGUUCAAGUAUUAGCUGGACAUGUGGAUAGAAUAUAUUCGACAGUUUUGGACUACAAGAAUAAAAUCUGUUAUUCUGGCUCAAUGGACUCGACUAUUAACAUAUGGAAUGUUGAUACUGGUGAAUUAUUGCACACUUUGAAGGGUCAUGGUUCAUUGGUAGGGUUGUUGGAAUUGAGCAAGGACUACUUGGUUUCUGCCGCUGCCGAUACUACUUUAAGAGUUUGGAACCCCAAAACUGGCGAGAAUUAUAGCAAACUUGAAGGUCACAGUGCGGCUAUAACCUGUUUUCAACACGAUGCCUUAAGAAUCAUCAGCGGAAGCGAACGAAUGUUGAAGCUUUGGGACAUUCGUAAAGGAAAAUUCGUCAAAGACAUACUUGCCGAUGUUACUGGUGGGAUCUGGCAAGUAAGAUUUGAUUUCAACCGUUGUGUGGCCGCCGUCCAAAGAAGUAUUAACGACAGAGAGGAAACCUUUAUCGAGAUCUUGGAUUACAGUGAACCUCCUAAUAACGUAUAG